AUGGAGCAGAACAAAGACAAACUCCCCAAUACAUCAGAAGCGGGAUCAGACAACCUUGCUUUAGGUAAGAGUGCUUCACAAGAGUAUCCGUUUUUUCCGGAUGAUGAGUUUUCGUGGGGAGCGGAUAAGGCCGUGGACGGAUUGUUUGCAAACCGGUCGGCUGGUGGAGGGCAAUGUACAAUAUCUGACAGUAAAAAACUUAAUGCGACCUGGUGGGUGGAUCUAGGAGGCGUGUUUAGGAUACACCAUAUAACUAUAUACUACAGAACGGACAAUUUCGAGUGGAACUCGACCAAUCCAUAUACAGGACGGUUUCUAGGAUUUUCGGUCUACGUUUCGAAUACCACCAACAAGGACGAGGGGAUCCUUUGUUUCAAAGACAUACAUUACGACAACGACACAAUACCAAGUGUUACUACUAUAGAAUGUGUAAAGUACGGGCGAUACGUAAUCUAUUACAAUGAGAGAAUCCCAGGAGUUAUCUACCCUGAGGGAUAUUCUAAGUACGCAUAUAACGAGCUCUGUGAACUUGAAGUUUACGGUUGCAAUAUACCCAAUGUCUAUGGAGAAAACUGCAUGUUACCAUGUCCACAAAAUUGCCAUGAGAGAUUUUGUAACAUUGUGGAUGGGACGUGCCUUGGGUGUGUUACUGGAUACAAAGGACCACGAUGUGAAGAACAAUGUGAUGGUUGGUUCUACGGUACACACUGCAACCAGUCCUGUGGAUGGUGCUUGAAUUUCGAUCAAUGUCAUCAUAUUGACGGGACGUGCUUCGAGGGAUGUGAGAUAGGAUUUCAAGGGGAUAAAUGUACGGAAGAAUGUCCCAUCGGACGGUAUGGUUACAAUUGCCAGGACAAAUGUAACAUCAAAUGUGGAGUCCCUGGUAGAUGUAACAGAGUAACAGGACAAUGUCAAAGGGGAUGUCAGGAGGGAUGGAAAGGAAUUAGAUGUGACAAAA